GCUCUCUGCUGCGUCAAAUAAAUAAACACAUCGUUCCCUCUCUCUCUCUCUCUCUCUCUCUCUCUCAUUCACAUCUACUCUUCCUCUGCGCUCUCGCGAUCUCUCCUCUGUCCUCUUCCUCUUGUCUCCCUCUCCGCGCCAUGGCCGAUAGCGGUAGCAGCUCCGCCGCGACGACGACGGCGGAGGAGAGGAGGUCGUGGGCCGAUGAGGCGGCCGACGAAGAGGCGGCGGCGGCGGCGGCGGCGGCUACGUCGUCGGAGGCGGACGCCUCGGCGUUGAACCAGAUCGAGUCGCUCACUAUCUCCGAUGAGGACCCCAGCAGCCGCCUCGACGAUCCCGACGACUCUCAGAUCAAAGCCGUUACGUCUGGAAAUGCGGUAUACACGUCUGCUGUCAGAUUUGAAGACCUCAAUCUCUCUGAGGAACUUUUGAAAGGCCUUUAUGUCGAAAUGGGUUUCAGUAAGCCCAGUAAGAUACAGGCCGUGACCCUUCCUAUGAUUCUCACACCGCCAUACAAAGACUUGGUUGCUCAAGCCCAUAAUGGCUCGGGAAAGACGACAUGCUUUGUGCUUGGAAUGCUCAGUAGGGUCGAUCCGAAAAAGAAAAUCCCUCAGGCCAUUUGCCUCUGUCCCACAAGAGAGCUUGCCCAGCAGAACCAAUCAGUCCUUGAAAGAAUGGGAAAGUUUACGGGAAUAACUUCUAAGUGCGCUAUACCAUUAGAUUCGCCAGAUGCCAUUCCCGUUGCAAAACAACCACCGAUAACUGAUCAAGUAGUGAUUGGCACUCCAGGGACAAUCAAGAAGUGGAUGGCAUUAAGGAAAUUGUCCACACGGGACAUUCGGAUACUUGUUUUUGACGAGGCUGAUCACAUGCUUGCAGAGGAUGGUUUUAAGGAUGAUUCUGAAAGAAUAAUGAAGGACAUUCAGAGAAACUGCGGGGGCUGUCAGGUACUUCUGUUUUCCGCGACAUUUAAUGAGACUGUCAAGGAGUUUGUUUCAAAAGUCGUCAAGGAUGGAAAUCAUAUAUAUGUGAAUAAAGAGGAACUCACAUUAGAAAAAGUAAAGCAAUAUAAGGUCCAAUGCCCUGAUGAACUUGCCAAAGUAGAAGUUAUCAAGGACAAGAUAUUUGAAUUUGGGCAAAAGAUAGGGCAGACUAUCAUAUUUGUCCGUACGAGGGAAAGUACGCGGACGUUGCACAAUUCACUGGUUAAGGAGGGCUAUGAGUGCACUUCAAUCCAAGGCGCUCUCAAGCAAGAAGACAGGGAUAGGAUAAUAAGGGAAUUCAAGGAGGGAUAUACUAAGGUUCUCAUCACUACAGAUCUCCUCGCUCGAGGUUUUGAUCAAGCACAGGUUAACUUGGUCAUCAACUAUGAUCUUCCUAUCAAGUAUGGUACUCGGGAGCCUGAUUAUGAGGUCUAUCUUCAUAGAAUAGGCAGAGCUGGACGCUUUGGGCGCAAGGGAGCCGUGUUCAACUUGUUGUGUAGCGACAGGGAUCGAAGAAUUAUGGAGGAGAUCGAGCGUUAUUUUCAGCAUCAAAUUCCUGAGAUUCCAAACUGGAGAAGCGAAGAGGACUUCGAAAAAGCACUCAAGGAUGCAGGCCUGUUAUAGGCUGAGGUUCUUGGGUUUGUUGCGGCGCACAGGCAACUCUCUGCGACUGUCUACACCGGUUGUCAUGUUGAUGUUAAUUUAUACAAACUUUUUUUUAGUUUUAUUUAAGAUCAUUUUGGUAGAAGAUUUACCCGAACAUUGUUGAUGAAUCAUGUCUAGCAAGAGAGUUUUUGGGCUUCUUUUUUCUGUGUAUUACUUAUUGGUAGUGUUUUUGAAAGUAGUAACUGUUGGAGUUGUUUCGGCUUGCUUUGUGGAGUGAGAACCAAAAAAGGGUAGUAAUUUAUUUUUUCUGCUGGAGAAAAAUAUUAGACUAGCA